GCUCAUCAAUCUUCGCAGUAAAAUAGUACCUUUUUGUGCAUUUUAUACGAAGAUAUGAUAGAUACAGAUAGUUUCUUUUUCUGAUUAGCAACACCUCUAGAAGUUCAUGACGUUGAUAUUCUUUAAGGACAGUGAAAAGAAGCAUCGCGUGGUCCUCACCAAAGGUAACUGUUAUUCUGGUUUGUUUAGUAUUAGUUUGAUGCCGUUGUUGGACCAUUUAUUACUUCGAUCGAUUGUUAAAGAUUACAUGUCCAAGAGGGUGUCGGAGGUGAAGUAUAAGAAGAAGGGGUCAGCUGUAAGUAUCUGUUUCUGUAGUACACGAGGAUGGGAGAUGCUUCGCCGCCGCCUGAAAAAGGUGGUCGGUAUGGACUACCUGGUAUUCCGAGUUACGUCGACAGGGUAAGCCAGGAGCGGAUCUAUGCAGAUAAGAUCAUCAGCGAGGAAAAAUACUUGGAGAAAUGUACUGUAUUCGUUGGGCUGGACUGGACCUAAAGAACUGCUUGGUUAGUCGUAACUGCUACUAUUACUAACUCGCAUCUCUUCAUGAUCCAUCGUCGAUCUGAAUCUGAUGGCUUGAUUGACCGCGACGCGGUGAAGCUUGACUAGUAGGUCUUUGUUCGAUUCAUCUGCCUCUCCAUUUGUUUUCAACUCGCUUUCUUAUCGCAUAGUUUUCUAUUCAGGUAAGGAAAUACACACCGGCGAUCACAAAAAGAGUCUCGGAAUACUAAAGGGUUUCGAGAUAAUCAAAUUUCCCACCUACGUUGAAGUCAGGAAAGUGUACAACGAAGAAGAGAAGGCCUCAAAACGUAUUACCCUUUUGUUUAGCUAGACAUGUCCUCAAUGCUUCUCUUUCCUCUAUUACCCGUGAGUCAGUCUCAUUACUUUUCGCUAGUCGAUGUCGACCUCCACGGACAUAUAAGUAUCGAUAUGAAUGUUACAACUUCCACAUUUUCUUUGUAAGUAGUAUGUGCUCGUGCAGAAACAAAUUUGGUCAAACUAUAUUUUCUAUUUCCUCAUCUUCUAGCGCAAUUCGUCCUGAAAGGAAGCGAAGAGAAGGCUCCGGAAUCGCGUGCGCCAAAGAAAACUGUUGAUGAACGAAUUAUGGAAGCAAGAGCGGAGUGCAAUCGGACAGCGCCUACCUACGCGUAUUUUUUUCUUCCUAGAUACUACGUGCUGGAUCACCUCAGGCAAAUUACACUGGAAUGAUGUCUACGCGUACUUUUUUUCUUCCCGCCAGACAAAGUAUAUUGGAAUGACGUCUGAAAUAUGUUACAGUACCUGUGUGUCGCCGGCAUGUUUUUGUCGUAGUUUUCGAUGCGUUGCCGUCUUCAUUUUCUUUGUCUGGACAAAGAAACUGCCGAUUCAUUCUUCAUGUUGAUAAAUAGGUACAAGUAUUUUUCGGAGAAGCAUAUGGCUACGAAGCGAGGAGGGCCGACGGCACCGAAAAAACCGCUUAGCAUGGAGGAAUUGGCUGAGUCCGCUAAAGACCUACCAAGUUUGGCAGAUGUCCUGAAAGUGCCAGAACGCGUUCCGCAUCCCAUGCCAAGUAUAGAGUCGGAUGUGGCACCCGAAGAGCCCGUCCACAGUCGAACCAUGUACUAAAAACCAGAUGACGAAGAUUAUUUUCAACUGUCGACGUGACUUCCAUAUAAUCAAUUUCCCAGCGCACUAUCAUGAUACUUACUUAACCUAUAAGCAAGGUAAUUGAAAGUCAAACAUUCUUUUGUAUCUUCAGCGCCCUACCUUGACAUUGAUUCUUGGUACGGGCUUCUACAGUUCCUUCUUCUAAGCAAAAACAAUAAUUACAAUAUAAUCCUCAGGCUCGUACAGAAUGCGGGAACACAGACGCCAAAAUAGCUGCAUGGUUUGAGCUUAUCCGGCAAAGCUGUAGUUAGCGAGCGCCUGCUUACACCGCAAGGUACCACCACCCUCGUUUUCGUUGACUCUGUUUUAGUACAUCCAUCAUAUCAACAUAGAAAAUAUUAUAUUGUUCUCCGUCCAAGUCCAUGCUGUACAUAAAAAAAUAGACGUGAUCGAUAUUAUACUGUAAACAUUGUGUUUCUACUGCUACUCUCCUCGCAUCCAUAGUAUCGUCUUUCACGACAACGUAUUCCUAUUCUGGUCAUCCAUGCUAAAGAUGUCACUGAAGCUGGAAGAGGUUCAGGAACCAAAAUUAACGCAAUCAAUGCAAGAGCAAACAUGGCAUUUGAAAUUGAAAGAUUCGGUCACCAAUGAAAUCUUCAUGUGCAUACCUGUCUGACAAUAGUUAGGGCUCGUCGAAUAGCAACUGCAUAGGGCAGUUAUUGAUACACACUUUUGGAAAAUUGAACGCUGAGACGAAAUGGUGGAAUCAAUAGGCCUGGUCAUAU